AUGUUUUUAUUUUCCAUAUUAAUUUUCGUUUCAACAAAACUAAUAUUUUGUGAAGAAACAAUUCCAGUGGAAUAUGAAAAAGAUAUGAAUGAAACAACAAAACGAAUUCAAAGACAACUUUGGGGAGCAAUUUCAGCAAUGCAUAUGAGAGAUCAACAUUUGAAUACUAUCGCCGAAGCUCGAAAACUCAGAAAACUAAUUGAGAAAAUACCGAAUUUGUUGCGGGAACAAUCGAGUUCUCAAAAUGAGAAUUGGAAUUCGAGCUUAUCAGAUCUGAGGAAUUUGAUUGAUUCGGAAAAUUUUACACCAACGAUUUGCGGCCAUAAUGUUUUGCCAUUUCGUGAGUUUUUAGAAAAAACAAAAAAAUUGGCGCGAAAUCUAUGGAUUUUCAAAAUUCCAAUAAUGUUUCAAAAAUUCUAGGCGGCUCCCAAUCGGCAACAUUUCUCGGAUUUCUCGAUUUCGAGCGUCGAAGAUACCGUAACUCCAACAAAACCCCCUUCGAUCUUGUGAUUCUUCAAGAACCCGCAAAACCCUAUCAAAAACUUCUAAUAACUCUGAAUCUCGAAAAUUUGAUGAAUUUCACAGUAUUUUGGAGAUAUCACGUGAAAAUUGGAAGAGAGAAGAAAAUGUGGAAAAUUGAGGCGGUAGAGAUCGAUGGAGCAUGUUUGAAUUCACAGAAUUUUCAGAAGAAUUCGGUGGCAAAUGGUGGAAAUUGCGGAGGGAAAAAUGAGAUUAGAGAGGAAUUUGUGAAGAAGGUUAAGAGAGAUAUGUAAGUCUUUCCGUAAUUGCGUAGUGUCGUAAGCGGCGCGUGUGCGUCGCGGUCCAAGUUAAAAUUAUUCAAUAAACCAAUUGUCUAUACUUAAUAUUUCCAGCUUUAUAUUAAUGGAUGACAAAAAUUUCGACUCCACCAACUUCAAGGCUUUUAUAGAUACAAAUCCAAUUCUAACAGCGAGUUAUAAUUUUGGUAAGCUUUUCCUUUUUCAUUUUCCCACGAAUUCGUAAUUUUUCAGCUGAAUUCCAGUCUUAUAUCCAUAGAUUAGUGAAAAUAUACAAACCUGAACAUGAUUUGAAAGUUUUGACAACUGAAAAAACAUCAGAAGCUCAGGCUGAAAAUGAAGAUCGAAAAGCAAUGACUAAUAUUAUCACAGCUACCGAAAAUCAUUUAGUUUUCCGAUUUUCGAUAAUUCUACAAAAUUUGAAAAAUCCGAAAUUAUACGAAUUGUGGGAUUUUCAAAUUGAAGCCAAAUCUUUGAAUUCUAAAAAAUCUUGGAAAAUUCAUCAGAUUUUCUUAAGACCUCCGAAUUAUUACAUUGGAAAUAAUAUUUGGGAAACUGAAUAUUUGACAAGAUAUUCGAGAGAAAUUCGAGAAUUAUUGGAGUCGAGAAAAAUUGAGAGCUAUCCGCAUUUUAUGAAAUUUAAGCAAUGCAAAAAUGUUGAAAAAAUCGAUAUUUGUCGGGAAGAAAUUAUGGAAAAUAAGAGAGAUGGGAAGAAAUUCAAUGUUGCUUGUUUUUUCGAAAAAUCGGAAAUAUUUAGUGCAAAGUUCCAAGUAGAUUUUGUGAGUUUGAGGUUUCAAAAUUCGCGCCGAAGUUUGGACAACUUUCGCAUUAGAGCGCAGUUGCAUUAGUAACAGUAAUAAUAUAGAAGCUUCAUCAAUAGAGCGCAAUUGCACCUUUUCAUAGGAAAAUUUGAAUAUCGCAUUUUCCCGCUCAAAAUUACGGGAUUUUGUAGUGGAGCGCACUUGCGUUUUUCCUUGAAAACUUAAUUUUUUCAGGAUUUCAAGACAGAAAAUUUUAAAUGGAUAGGAAUUGUGGUGGAUUGCGUGGAGAAAGUCUAA